AUGCGUGAUGGCAUUUAUUCGGUGGCACAACUAAUGGAUAUGGGAAAACAAAUGCUUGGACGACGACAUGUUAUGAAUGAAGUCUUGGAUAUUUUAGAUGAAGUUCAAGUAGAAGGUACUUUUCCUGAUGGAACCUAUCUAGUCACUGUACAUGAUCCUAUUUGUACUGAUAAUGGAAAUUUGGAAUUGGCUCUUUAUGGUUCCUUCUUACCUAUUCCUUCCAUGGAUUCUUUUCCUUUACCUAUGACUGAACGAACAAAAAAGGAUGCUCCUGGUGCCAUCAUUGCUAUGCCUGGAACAAUUGAAUUGAAUGCUGGUAGAAAACGACUUUCUUUGACUGUAACAAAUCAUGGUGAUCGUGCUAUUCAGGUUGGAUCUCAUUAUCACUUUAUUGAAGCAAAUGCUGCAUUACAUUUUAAUCGUGCUUUAGCUUAUGGUAUGAGAUUGGAUAUUCCUGCUGGAUCAGCUGUUCGUUUUGAACCUGGGGAUUUUAAAACAGUGACACUUGUAGAAAUUGGUGGCAACAAAAUCAUUUCUGGUGGCAAUAAUUUAGCAUCUGGUCCUGUGGAUUUAAUCAAUUUACCUUCUAUUAUUGAAAAUAUCGUCUUGGCUGGAUUUAUGCAUGAUGCUAACACUCCUCUUUUACCAAAUGCUCCUCCUUACACUUUGGAUCGUGAUUAUUAUGUAGAUCAUUUUGGUCCCACCACUGGUGAUUUGAUUCGUUUGGGUGAUACUGAUCUCUGGGCUCGUGUUGAAAAGGAUUAUACUGUUUAUGGCGAUGAAUGUAAAUUUGGUGGUGGCAAAGUACUACGUGAAGGCAUGGGUCAAGCUACAUACGCAUGUGAUAAAGAUGUAUUAGAUUUAGUCAUCACGAACGCUCUUAUAUUUGAUUAUACUGGUAUUUUUAAGGCCGAUAUUGGUAUCAAGAAUGGUAUUAUUGUGGGUAUUGGUAAGGCUGGGAAUCCUGAUGUCAUGGAUGGUGUUACUCCUGGAAUGAUCGUGGGUGCAAGUACUGAAGCUUUUGCUGGUGAAGGAAAAAUAUUUACUGCUGGUGCUAUUGACUCUCAUGUACAUUAUAUUUGUCCUCAAAUAUGUUAUGAAGCCUUAGCAGGAGGAAUCACUACUUUGAUUGGGGGAGGAACUGGACCAAACACUGGUACCAAUGCUACAACGUGUACCAAUGGAAAACAUCAUGUCGAAUACAUGAUGAAAGCAACAGACGAUUUACCUUUGAAUUUUGGAUUUACUGGAAAAGGAUGUAGUUCAGGAAAACAAGAAUUAGUGGAACAAAUUCAAUCUGGUUGUUUGGGGCUUAAGGUUCAUGAAGAUUGGGGUGCAACUCCUGCUGCUAUUGAUAAUUGUUUGGAAGUAUGUGAUGAAUUGGAUGUGCAGACUACUAUUCAUACCGACACAUUAAAUGAAGCUGGUUUUGUAGAAUCAACCAUAGCAGCAUUUAAAGGACGAACAAUUCAUACUUAUCAUAGUGAAGGUGCUGGUGGAGGACAUGCUCCUGAUAUUAUCAGUGUUUGUGGAGAAAGUAACGUAUUACCAUCAUCAACAAAUCCUACUCGACCAUUUACCUCCAAUACUCUAGAUGAACAUGUGGAUAUGCUUAUGGUUUGCCAUCACUUAUCCAAAACUAUACCUGAAGAUGUGGCCUUCGCUGAAAGUCGAAUUCGUGCGGAAACAAUUGCAGCUGAAGAUGUACUUCAAGAUAUAGGUGCCAUUAGUAUGAUUAGUUCAGAUUGUCAAGCAAUGGGUCGCGUUGGUGAAGUAGUUUUAAGAACAUGGAAAACAGCACACAAGAUGAAAUUACAACGUGGAAAACUACCUGAGGAUGAAGGACAUGAGGAUGACAAUUAUCGUAUUCGACGCUAUAUUGCAAAAUAUUCCAUCAAUGUUGCUAUUGCUCAUGGUAUUAGCCAUUUAGUUGGAUCUAUUGAAGUUGGAAAAGUAGCUGAUCUGGUAUGCUACGAACCAGCAUUCUUUGGAUCUAAACCAGAAAUGGUGAUGAAGAGUGGAAUCAUUGCAUGGAGUAUGAUGGGGGAUGCCAAUGGAUCAAUCUCGACAACUCAACCUAUUGUAUUCAAACCAAUGUAUGGAGCCCAACCAUCAAGUUUAUCAUCAAGCUGUUUUGUAUUUGUGUCUCAAUUGUCUGUGGAUACCGGUACAGUGGAGAAAUAUGGUUUACGGAAAAAGGUGGCACCUGUCAAGAAUUGCCGAAAUAUUAGCAAGAAAGAUAUGAAACUCAAUGAUGCUAUGCCUGUGAUUCGUGUCGACCCUGAAACAUACUCUGUCACUGCCGAUGGUAAUGCAUGUGUCUGUGAUCCAGUGGAUACCUUACCAAUGACCCAGUCUAUAUACCUCUUUUAG